ACACGGGCAUCGUUGCACAGAGGGAGGGUGUGAUAGAGAUAGAGUGACAGCGUGGGUGAGGGGAGAGAAAGAUGAACACAGACAUCACAGCGUCGGCGAAGCCAGAGUACCCGGUGUUAGAUCGGAACCCUCCUUUUACCAGAGUCGUCGGAAACUUCAGCUCUCUCGACUACCUUCGCUUCGUCACCAUCACCGGCGUCUCCGUCACCGUCGGCUACCUCUCCGGGAUUAAGCCAGGGAUUAGAGGACCGUCGAUGGUGACUGGGGGUCUGAUCGGGCUCAUGGGAGGGUUCAUGUACGCGUAUCAGAACUCGGCAGGUCGAAUCAUGGGCUUCUUUCCCAACGACGACGAGGUAGCUCGUUACAAGAAAUGAUUACCAUGAUGUUUUUUCCCCCAACAUUUGUACUUUCCUUUUAGGGUUCUGGAAGAAUUUAUGAAAAAAUUCUCUCUUUCCGGACAAUCUUUCAUAUUCAUGUGAUGUCAAUAAUAAGACUGUUGAACGUGUUGUUAA